AUGUCUGCUACUACUCCAAUUGCUCACGAUGCUGCCUGCAUUUUCUGUAAGAUUAUAAAGGGAGAAAUACCAUCAUUCAAAUUACUUGAAACUAAGUACAGCUAUUCAUUUUUAGAUAUUCAACCAACGAGCAAAGGUCAUGCUUUAAUUAUUCCCAAAUAUCAUGGUGGAAAGUUGCACAAUAUUCCAGAUGAAUAUUUGAUUGAUAUUUUACCUCUCACUAAAAAAUUGGUCCACGUAUUAGGUUGUGAUCUUGACGGCCCAACAGGCGAAGGUUACAAUGUUUUACAGAACAAUGGUAGGAUUGCUCAUCAAGAAGUUGAUCAUGUUCAUUUUCAUUUGAUCCCAAAAAGAGACAAAGAGACUGGAUUAAUUGUCGGUUGGCCAACUGAAGAAACCGAUUUUGAAAAACUGGGCAAAAUACAUAAAGAAUUACUGGCUAAAUUGGAUUCAGAUUCAGAUAGAAGCUUGAACCAAUAG